CCGCCUGAACCAGACCUUGCCGAACCCGGGGGGUUUAUCACCCCUCCACCAGUGGCCCAGCACCGACAGUCUGCAGCAGCAGCAGCAGCAGCACCACCAACAGCCAUUGCAGAAUUACACGUUGCAAUCUACAAGAAGGCAGACAUGUUCACCCGGUUAGUGGUGGUGGCGGCCGUCUUGCUGCGGGCUGCACAGUGCUACAAGCCGGUGAUCGUGGUGCACGGCUUGUUCGACAGCCCCGGCGACAUGGUGAUCCUCCAGAAUUUCAUCAACCAGUCGCACCCUGGCACCAACGUGACAAUCAUUGACCUGUUUGACCGGACGGGGAGCCUGAAGUCGCUGUGGAGCCAGGUGGAAGGCUUCAAGCAAGCCAUCUACCCCAUCAUGCAGAACGCGGCUGACGGAGUGCACAUGAUCUGCUACUCGCAAGGUGGCCUGAUCUGCCGGGGAAUCAUCGCCACCAUGCCCAACCACAACGUGGAUACGCUGGUAUCACUGUCCGCCCCUCUGAUGGGCCAGUACGGAGACACGGAUUACCUGAAGUGGUUUUUCCCAAAGUACAUCAAGACCAUUCUCUAUGACUUCUGCUACACACAAAUCGGACAGCACGUCUCCAUCUGUAACUACUGGAACGACCCUCACCAUCACGACCUGUACCUCAGCUCCAACAACUACCUGGCCUUCCUCAACAACGAGAGGGACAAUCCCAACGCCACAGAAUGGAAGAACAAUUUCCUCAGGCUCCAUCAACUGGUUCUCAUCGGUGGGCCCGACGAUGGUGUGAUCACCCCCUGGCAGUCAAGCCACUUUGGGUUUUACAACGAGAAUGAGACAGUGUUGGAGAUGAAGAAGCAACUGAUUUACCGCAAGGACACGUUUGGCCUGAAGACGAUGGAUGCCCGCAAUGCUAUCACCACCUUCACGAUGACCAACGUACAUCACACGGAGUGGCACUCCAACAAGACCGUGUUUGAGACGUGCAUCGUCAAGUGGCUCACGUAGAUACCACGGGCGGGAGAGAGGGAUGGAGGGAGGUCCAAGGUUCCAGAGCAACCCCCAAACCAAACCAAACUCAACCCAACCCAACUCCAACCCAACCCAACCUCCCAAUGCACUGCCCUCUGCAGGUGGGAAGAGCGAACUGCAAAGCAGGAGACAUUCCCAGAAGACUGGGCCUCGACCCGAAAUGUCACCUGUCCACGUUCUCCAGAGAUGGGCGGCACGGUGGCGCAGCGGUAGAGCUGCUUCUUUGUAGCUCCAGAGACCCGGGUUCGAUCCUGACCUCGG